CAGAUGUAAAAAAAUAUUUCUUAAGUAUUAUAUAAAAAAAUAAGUCACAUUUAUGCCCGAGUUCCAAGUCGUUGCCAGAAAAUAUCCCUCAUUUGGUAAGAUCUGCAUAGUGUGACAGCUGAGCGUGCACGUGUUAAAAAAAUGAGACGUGUUGGAAUCGUGGGAUACGGACAUUUAGGAAAAUACCUUGCAGAGAAGAUUCAGGAACACCCUGACCUUGACCUUGCCUUUGUAUGGAAUAGAUCACCAGCUGCCCUGGAAGGAUUAAAGCAGGAUCUCAUCCUACAGGAUCUCAAGGACUUCAGCAAAAGAAAUGCCAACCUAAUUGUAGAGGUGGCCCACCCCGACAUCACAAAAGAGUGGGGACCCAGGUUUCUGGAGGAGGCUGAUUUCAUGAUUGGUAGCCCUACUGCCCUCAGUUCCCAGGAGCUGGAGACCAGUUUACGGGGAGCGGCCAUUAGACAUGGCCUUUAUGUGCCUAGUGGUGCUUUCUGGGGAGCAGAAGAUAUCAGAAAAAUGGCUGACAGAGGGACAUUACAGAACCUAAAAGUUACGAUGACCAAACAUCCCACCAGCUUUAAACUGGGCGGUGACCUCAAGGUCAAGAAUGAGCAGGUGAAGGACAAGAGGGUGGUGCUAUAUGAUGGACCUGUUCGUGAGUUGUGUCCCCUGGCUCCUAAUAAUGUCAACACAAUGGCAGCAGCAGCUAUAGCAGCACAUAAUCUUGGAUUUGACAAAGUCACUGGAUCCAUAGUAUCAGAUCCUCAGUUAACAGAUUGGCAUAUUGUGGAGGUGGAGGUAUGGGGACCUAAUGGCUUCAAUGUCAAGACAGUCCGGAGUAACCCUGCAGCUGUGGGGGCAGUCACUGGAACAGCCACAUAUGCCUCCUUCCUCAGUAGCAUGCUGGGUGCUAAAGGGAAAGGACCAGGUGUUCAUCUGUGUUGAUGAAAAGAACCAAAUCACCAACAUUCCAACUGAUGACCAAUUCCUCCAACAUAUCCCAGUGAUGACCUAAUUUACAUACCAGUGAUGAUACCAACUAAUGACAAAUGACAAUAUACCCCCAGCAAACCAACUAUGUCCAAAUUGUCAACUUUGCACCUAUGAUGAAAUCACUUGCAUGCACCAACUACAACUAAAUCAACAUACAUGUAACAACAAAUUACAUGUAUCUAUUUUCAUCUGUGAGUGAUCAGAUUCUCAUCUAUGAGUGAUCAGUUCUUCCAACUCUUCUUCUCUAUGAAGGGUAAUUUUUUUUUAAGAAAGCAACAAUGAUCAAUUCCAAGUGUCGGGCUUGGUAAUGCACUAAGUCAAGUCUUAUUACUGUAAUGGAAUCUCUCUUACAGUGGAAUAAAAUAUUUAUUUUUAUAA